AGGCACAAGGCGUUGCAAUCUGAUUUGAACACUUUUAGGGGAGAAAGUGGAUAACUGGGCCUGGGCGCCUUUAAGGCUUAAAGGGCGAUGCACCUUUUCAAAAGUUGGAUAGUAAGAGGGGUCAGAUGGGGAUCAGGAAUUAAGAGUAUCACAAUCACCAUUCUCCGAGGGAAAUCUGUGGGACUUUCAAUAAUGGAGAAUGGACCAAACUCAGCUGUUGGACUGGCCUGGAGAGAGCGAUGCUGAAGAUCCUUCUUCUGAUGGGGCUGGGGGUUGUGGGGAGAACCCCAAACCUGUGGGGCGCCUCCACCUCCUGAGCAGCAAGUAUGGGGCUGAGAAGGAUUUUUGGAUCUACCCAGGGAAGAAUGUCAUUGGCCGGCUUGAAAGCUGCCAGAUCUGCUUGCCAGUCUCUUCAGUUUCAAAGGCUCAUGCCGUCAUCGAGGUCCCCUCUCCCGGAGGACCCCACCUUUUGUACGACCAGGAGAGCCUGAACCGCACCCGGCGGCAGCGUAUGUUGUUGAUCCCGCAGGUCCGCUACAGCCUGCAGGAUGGAGACACUUUGGUCUUUGGAGAUGUGGGGUGCCAGUACUUCAUGCUUGAUCCGGAGGGCGGCCUGGAAUCCUCAGAUGACUCCAUGGUGGUGCCACCCACCCAGGCAACCACAGAUACCAAUGCCCUGGUUAUUGAGGAGACGCCUGUGCCGGGGAGGAAGAUGGGCUUUGGGCGCUUCCUGGUCCAGGAUUCGGAUAGAGAGGAGGAAGGCGAGGAAGUGGUCAAUGGGGGAGGCAAGGUCCUGCAUCUUCCAUCGGAGGAUGGGUCUGAUUCCUCUGUCAAACACGGUGCAAGAGGACACUGCAGUUCGGCCUCCAUGUUCUCUCCGUCCUUUGCUACCGUAGUGCCUGAAAGCGAUGAAGAAAGCGGUGAACCUUCGGAAGGAGACCUCUCUUGUCCCUCCUUGCGUCUGCGCUGCGAGAGGGCCGAGGCUGAGCCACAUUCUUUGGCGAACGGUGCUUUUCCCUCCCUGAACCAGGAAACACAUCCUAUACAGCCAGGAAGCUCAGAGGCUAAAGUUCCUCCAGACUCCGGGGGACAACCAGAAGCUAAAGACCAGGAUGUGUCUGCAGAUCCGAGUCUCACGGGCUUCCACCUGGACAGCGACACAGAUGUGGAAGACGAAGAGGGAGUUUGUACCACUUCUGAAGGAGCCACAGUGAAAGACGGCCUUGCUCUUGAACUGGACAGUGACCCGGACGUCGACGAACCCUCGCUGGCGAAGACAGGCGCUGCCUCUGCAGGGAACGGACAAUUGGCCAGUGACGUUGACAGUGAGACAGGCAUAGAGGAGGCAGAGAAGAAACCAAGCGUGUUGGACUUAAAGGCCCACCAAGUCACCGAAAAUGGGGACAGCGACACAGAUGUGGAAGGGGCGGUGGGCAGUCCAGAGGUUGCCUCUCCCGAAAGCCAAGCUUCUACUCUCCGAUGUGAGAGCACCCUGAAAAGCGAGGAAAGGGCGGGCAGCGGUCCAGAAGGUGGCCGGCCUGAUGAGGAGGUGGACCGUGAUACAGAUGUGGAAGCUGUGGAGGAUCCAGAUGUGGGCCCGAGGAGUGAGCUGCCCACUAAAAAGGAGGAUGACGACACAGAUGUGGAGGAGCCGUCCCCGGGGCCAGGGAAUCAAGAGGUCGCCGCGAAGGACCGCGAGGCUUCUAGUGACAGCGAUACAGAUGUGGAGGUGGCCGACUUGGAGCCGGAGGGGUUAGGCGGGACCCGUCCCCACGGCCCCCCGCCUACGAGGCAUAAAGACGGUGAUACAGAUGUGGAAGAAAUCAGGGGGAUCUGCCAGCAGGAUAACAGAGAUCUGACUGAGGCAAGGGGGAUAAAUGUCACCAGCGUGGAAUCCGCAAAGAGAGAUGGAGCUGCUUGUGAACGGUCCGGGGGCUUGCGUGUGGGGGAACCCCUCCCAGACACUGAGAUUGUGGAGCCGCUGACCUCCGUGCCUGAAAGUCAACGCUUGCUUGAUAUAUCUCUGGGCAGUGACACAGAUGUCGAGGAAGCUGCUGAGGAUCCGGAUGCGAGCUCAAAGGGAAACCGCCCAGUCGCCAGCGAUGGCUCCGGUGGAGGAGACCGAGGCAGCUGCCAUGGGAACCUAGAGGCGGGGCCUAGGGAAGGUGAGGACAGCGAUACCGACGUGGAAGUGACUUCCCCGUCCCCCGAGACCCGUGCAGCUCACGACAGCGAUACGGAUGUGGAGGUGGUAGCCUCCGCAUUGCCGGAGAAACCCUUGGAAGAGCAAGAUACUCAGUUGGUCCUUGUGGGACCCUCAGCAGGUGCGGAGGAAGCAGCUCGCUCUGCGAAGGAACGGGAGGCCAGCCAUGAUCUUGGCAAAGAGGAUGGAGAUACCGAUGCUGAAGGAAAUGAAUCCCGUCCAGGUGACAAGAGCAGCACAGAUGAUGAAGAUGAUCCUGACCUGACUGUCCAGGCAACACAGUGUUACCUCCCUGACGUUACCUCCUCUCCCAAGGCUGAGAAGGCAGCAGACUCCAGACGUGCCCUUGAAGAAGAGGCUACCCAAGCAUUUGCCUUUCGAUCCCCCUCGAGUUUUGCCAGGUUCCAUCCCAGGAAAAUCUGCAACUCUCCUUUGAAAGAGGAAGAUCCAGAUCUGUACAUGCUGGAAGCCACCCAGCCGUUCUGCAGAGAGGCUCCAUCACUCUCGGAGGAGCCCACUCAGGCCUUCGUUGCCGAAGAGGAGGAAGCUACCCAACUGUUUGUCCAGCAGUCCCUUGAAGGGGGACAGGCGAAACAUCCUGAAGUUCCAACUCCAGCCACUGGGGGUCAGCAGGAACCCAGCAUCCCUGACGACACAACCCAAACCCGCUCUGUAAAAGCGUCCCGUCCUGAGCCUGGGACACAACCAGCAGGGGGCGCAGCUGCAGAGGAACCCCACAAGGAAGAGGAAAGUCAAGUUGCUCCUUUUGUCAGAAGUCGACCUUUGACACCGCCAGAGAUGCGCGAGGCUUCCAAGAGUGAGGACCAGGCAUGUGUGGCGUCUCUUGAAGGGGAAGUCGCUGCAAAACUGUCCCAGUCCCAGGGAAAGACAGGCCACAUUAAAGAUGGACAGGAAGAAGGGUGCUCAGAGCCGCCUGGAGAAGCAAAGGAUGCUGAGCAGCUGCCACGGCGUGUCACAAAGGAGCCUUCCAAACCAGUGGCUGUGGUCUCUGAGCGGCUGCGCAGCCUGCGGUCUUUUGCUGCUGCCUCCUCCCCCUUCACCCUCCCAGAAGUACGCAGCCGCCAUGGCCGGGUGGGAUCGGCGGACCGCGACGGCCCAAGUGAGCCAGUUGCUCCCCCAGGUAGACGUAGGGGGCUGCGUCAGCGCAGCAAUCCCACACUGUAUAUGGGGGAGCCGGAGAAGAGGGCAGAAGAGCCCAAGGCAGAGGAAACAAACCGCACCAAGACGCCCAGCAAAGGGCAGACAGCAGCGACUAUCCAUCAAGGCAGACCCAGGCGUUCACAGCGGGGCUCCUGCUCUGCCACUAAACCUGAGGAAGAAACAGCAACAGCUGCAGGCAACCCAGGGACUGUGGAGUCCCAGAGUACCAGGAAACGGAGAGCCACAGCUGCCACCAAGCCUAUGGAAGAAGAGCAGCCAAAACACCGUAGGACCCGGUCCAGCAGCCGUUUGGGGGGCACUUCAGAGACAACGGCAAGCCCAAAGGAUGCUGGGAAAGGCACCAAAGUUAGGCAGGGACCCGCGCCAUCCAUUCCAUUUUCUGGGAGGAGGUUGCGGCCACUGAGGACAGAAAGCGAGACUAUUGAAACGACGCGGAGCCGAUUGCUGAGUUCAACCACCUCUGCUGUUCCAGGGCCAAAGGUGCUGUUCACGGGGGUGAUUGACGAGGAGGGGGAGCGCGUGGUCACGGAGCUGGGGGGCUCUUUGGCAGAGUCUGUCAUCGAUUGCACCCACCUUGUAACAGACCGCAUCUGCCGGACAGUCAAGUUCCUGUGUGCUCUGGCUCGAGGCAUUCCCAUUGUUACCCUUGACUGGCUGGAGAAGAGCAAGCGAAACUCUUUCUUCCUGGCACCGAAUAGCUUCCUUGUCCGAGACCCCGAUCAGGAGAAGAACUUCCAGUUCAGCCUCGCCAAGUCCCUUCAGAAGGCCCGGCAAAAGGGAGGCCUACUUCAGGGCUAUGAACUCCACGUCACUCCUAACGUCAAGCCGGAACCUGAGCACAUGAGAGACAUAAUCAAGUGCAGCGGGGGGACUUUCUUACCCAGAAUGCCUCGGGCCUACAAGGACAAACGUGUCGUCAUCUCCUGCCUGGAGGACCUGCCUCGCUGCAGACCAGCACAGGAUGCCGGGGUCCCCAUCGCCAACUCAGAGUUUAUCCUGACGGGGAUAUUACAGCAGAAGGUUGACUUGGAAGCCCACCGCCUCGGCACUCCGGACGGCCCCUGCCGCGCCAGCCCUGCCGCUCUCACCACGAGGGCCGGCAAGAGGAGAGCUGCGAUGCCCACGAGUCCAGCCCCACCCAGUACAGCAAAGAGACGGCGCUGAUGCUGCAACGUGGCUAGGAACAUGGAGUUGCUGCCUUAAAUGUGUAAAUAGCAUUUUUUUAAAAUCGCUGUCAAUAAAAUAUUGGGCAUACAAAUAGCCAGUUUUUGUGAGCAGAGCAUCUGGGAAGAAGUAAUUGUGGUGUCUGCAAAGGGUGUUAUUAAAAAUGCUGCAACCUGAA